CGUUGGAGCUGGUUCGACGGGAUACGGCGCGAAGCAUGCAAAGCUUAAGAAGACUUGGCAGCGGAUGAAGUUGUUUUUUCUGUUGGUUUGUUGUUGUUCUUUGCGCGUUCUUGUGUUUGAUUGUUAAAUCCGGGGGUGGAUGGGGCUGAGAGGUUUUGAUUUGCACUUAAGAACGCCCGCUCCGCGCACCCAAAACUAGCCAAAACCAUUGAACGGGCCCGAGCCCGAUGUUGACAGGGGCCGCUCGGGCUCCUGAGUCGGUAGGUUUCAAUGAGGUGUUCUCUCUUUUUUUGUUUCAAGAGCUGGUCAGUGAGGACAACCGCUGUCUGGACAGAUGGGAAAGCUUUUGGAAGAAGUGUGGCAUGAUGAGACCGUGGCUCCACCCAAGACGACCUGGGAGGAGCGCCAAGCGCGGAUCGCGCGCAUGGUGGAGUCCCAAGCCUUUGAGUACUCCACAGGUGUGCUGAUCCUGGUGAAUAUUGUGCUGAUAGGUGUGGAGGCGGAGAUGUCCUUGCAGAAGCUCAACACGGAGUGGGCCACCGAAGUGGAACGAGGCUUUCUGACGAUCUACACCGUGGAACUCAUUUUACGCUUGGUGGCCGGUGGGCUGUCGAGUUUCAAGAACUCCUGGUUCUUGCUGGAUUUCUUCCUAGUGUUCGUUGGUCUGGUGGCGCUGGUCGUGGUCCCUUUGAUGGAAACCAUGGGCAGCAGCCAGGAGGGCUGGGAGAACUUGUUGAUCGUGCGAGGCUUGAGGCUGCUGAGACUGGCGCGGAUCCUCCGGACCUUGAAGCGCUUCAAGGUGGUUUGGCGCUUGGUCUCUGGAUUGCUCUCAGUCUGGGACACGAUGGCUUCCACCACCUGCUUGAUCUUGCUGUGGCUCUACAUCUUCGGCUGCAUCGCGGUGGAAGUGAUCGCCAGCGAUGAGGAAUUGAUCGUGCUUCAGGAGGACAUUAUCAAGAACCACUUUUCCAGCUUGCCUAGGUCGACCCUGACCUUACUGCAGUUCGUGACCUUGGAUGCGAUUGCCAACGUGUACUUCCCACUGAUCAUGGCCAAGCCGGUGCUUCUCAUUUACUUUCUCCCUUUGCUGAUGUUCCUAUCGAUUGCACUGAUGAAUCUGGUGACGGCAGUGCUGGUGGAGAAGGCAUUGGAACAAACCAAGCAGGAAGCUGAGCUGGCAAAGGUUCGAAAGAAACAACAGAUCAAAGCCACGAUGCCUCAGCUGCUUCAAAUCUUCAGUGGACUGGAUGCGGAUGGCAGUGGCUGUUUGACGCGCGAAGAGGUGGCCGGCGUGCCAUUGGAUGUGCUGCCACCCAAUGUGUUGGAGCAUGUCUCGGUGGACAACAUGGAGGAUCUCUUCGAAGUGUUGGAUGUGGACGGCGGCGGAUCCUUGAGCCAGACCGAAUUCUUGGAGGGGCUGCUCAGUUUGCUCUUGUUGGAGGUGCCGCUUUGGGCGAUCCAACUGCAGAAGCUCCUGAUGCCAAUGCGCAAACAGGCCAUUCAGAUGUCAAAGGACCUGCAGGCCAUCCGCGAGUUUCACCAAUGGGCGCCCCUGACUCGACAGAGCCGACUGGAUGGAAAUGCUCUUGCCCAUGACUCCUUCUAAGGGAGCUGUUUUGGCACUUGGCACGGUGCCUUGCAAAGCUGGGCGAGCCGUUGUCUUGGGUCGACAAACACGUUCAUGCGAACAGAAUCGGCGGAGGGGGUCGGACGAA